AUGGACCUCCGAGGCCGACGCAAAGGUUUUACCACACCUUCCCCAGCUCCAUCCUCAUUCACGCAUGCAUGCAUACUCACUAACAUCUCGCCCUCAAAAAUCCAGCUCUUCGUCGGCGUCCUCAACCAAUGUCACGGCCAACUGAAACUUGACACCCAGAAGCUGGCCCAGCACAUGGGGGGAGACUGCACCGCCUGCGCCAUCGAACAACGCAUCGCCAAGCUCAAGAGACAUGCGAAAGCCCUCGGCUCUACCUCUACCGAUACAACCCCGUUUACGUCCCCGGCUAAGAAGAAUGGAGCCACCGCCACCGCUAAUGGCGCUGCCGGAGGGGCGGAGACCCCCUCCAAGGCGAAGCGUAAGACCGCAAACGGGGGUGGGGACCACGCGAAUGGCGAGGGUGCCGCGGCGCCGAAGAAGGCGGCUAAGAAGGUGAAGGUGAAGGUGCAGGAGGACGGGGUUGGGGAGGAGGGGUUUGGGGUUUUCAAGCUGGAGAAGAAGGAUUUGGGUGGGUUCAAGAUGGAAGACGGGGGUAUGGCUUGA